CUCAAUGAUUUUUGCAAAAAAUCUAUAAAAUAAAACAUUUUAGUAACGGGGUCUAGUCACUGUUUCAUCACCAUGAAGACCGUUCUGGCACUGUUCCUCGUCAUCGUAGCGGUGGCUUCUGCGGCCAAAACGCACCAAAAACGGUCCACCACCUAUUCGGUUACCUUGAACGACUACGUCGACACAGUCAUAGACAAUAUCCAGGCGUACGUCAGUGCAAGUGAUCUUGAGCCGCUGUCAAUUCCUAACGUGACGGAAUCCUUCUCCGUGAAAGAACUGCUCAUCACCUGGAGUGGACGCCUUUCGCUGUACGACGGAGAGUUGACUGGUUUGUCAUCAGUGAAACGUUACGGCGACGUGAACCUUGGAUACGAUGGUCAAACUCUGAGUUUGGAUGCUAACAUGGGAGUCGACGAAUCAACGGGCACUUACACCUACUACGCGAAACUUUUGGGCAGUCUUCAUGAGACUGGAAGCGCAACUGUAACCGUCAAAGAGAUCGAUAGCACUGUAGGCUUUAGCGCAAACGUGAACAAUUACACAAUCGCUUUCGAUUCCUUUGAGAUCAACAGCGUUGGAUCAACCACUGCCGAGCUGAAUGGCAACUCGCUGACUGACUGGCUUGUCGAUGCCGUUAUUGACAUCAUAUUAGCAGCCUCCAAGAGCAGCAUCGUCAGCCAGGUGGAAACCGAAGUUAAUUCGGUUAUGUCGUUCGUUGUUGACCAGGCUAACACCUACGUGACUUCACUGCGUUCUUAGACUUAUCUGAAUGAACAUUGUUGAUUGAGACACUUUAAACCAACAAACUUGUGUGCAAAUUUUCAUUACGCAGUUAUCCUAAAUACACUUCUCUGUCUCUUCACG